AUGCAGUUUAACCACAAUAACAGCAACAAUAGCCGCCAUAAAGAUUCGCAGCUUAAGAUGAGCCAACCUUGCAAUGCACAUCUUUAUGAGACACCCACCCUUUGUAGCACACGUCAUCGUCGUGGUGGUGAUGGUGCUGCAGCUCUCUGGCACGUCAUGUGGGUAAGGCGAACAUCGGAAAAAGUAUCACUGCUGACUGUGGGUAAUGUCACCUACAGCAGUGACCCCAGGAUACGUGUGAAAUUUCAAUAUCCCAACAAUUGGCGUUUGCUGAUAAAUCCCACCCAGUGGGAUGAUGCGGGCAUCUACAUGUGUCAGGUCUCCACACAUCCACCGCGGGUUUUCACAACAAAUUUAACCGUUAUAGAACCUCCUUUGCGUUUAAUUGAUGACCAGGAACGUGAUGUCGGUGAUCGAUAUUACAAGACAGGCAGUACCAUAGAUUUACAAUGUCAAGUAUCCCGUAGCUUUUUAUAUAAAGAAAAACAAAACAUUUUAAAAUCCCUCAAGCCUUUAAAUGGUCACAGUGGCACCACUGCCACUACGAGCAGCAGCAGUAGCGCCAGCACUCCCAGUGGAGCUGUACACUAUUUGAACAGCAACAACAACAACAGCAGUAGCAACGGAAGCAACAGCAAUCUAACUAAAACAUCAGCCAGCAACAAUGGCGAAGGUGCCAGUUUGGGUGGCACUGGGACCAUUAAUGGCUUUGCAUCUGCCAUUAAUGGCCAAUUCCCCGGCACUUACAACGGCACUGCCAUCACCAGCAAUCGCCAACAACAGAGUGCCACAGAUGACCAGACCACAGCGCUAGAGAAUGAAUUCAGCAAUUUAGUGUUCUGGUCAAAGGACGACGAGGACCUGCCGCCCGCAGCCCUGAAACGUUUAAGUUCAAACGAUAAAUGGCUAACGAGUCGAGUUACCAUUACAGAUGCCAAACUCUCUGACAGCGGCAAUUAUUCAUGUUCGAUUGGCAGACUCUUCACAGCCAUUGUCCAGGUGCAAGUGCUGACAGGUGAAUUACCGGCAGCUGUGCAACACAAUUCCGCCAAGGCACUUGAUGUGUGCAAUACACAAAGCCUCCUCAUAGCCGGAGCACUGAUGCAUUUAUGGUGGAGAUGGCUAUGCUGGAGCUGUUGGUGGCGGCUCAUCUGCUUUGCCACAACAAUGGCAUCCUUCUUCGGCAACUCUUUCAACGUCGGCACUGCUGCAACGAACUGAAAAAGCGUAUGAGUCAGCAAUGUUAUUAAGUUAAUUAUAGUUAAUCAACAGACAGCAGAGCAGAACAAUAAAGCGAAGAUGGAACGAGUGACGAGCGAGGGCGAAACACUACAACUGCCAUAACGCAGCAACAAAAAUAAAGCCUGCUAUCGAGCCUUAGCAACAGUGACAGUGACAGCGGCAUUUUUAAACAACAGGGCUGCAAAAACACGUAUUGCUCGAUUUAAAAGAACCUGCGUUCUUUCGUUCACUGAUGAUGCCUACAACUACACAUCGUCCCCCUCUCUGCAAACAGAAUCAAAUGAUACCCGACUGUACUGAUGUGGACCAAAUGAACAUCCAUUUCUUCCACACAAUUGAAUAGCAAGGAAUUGUUGUCUGCCUUCCACAGCGGCAAUGAAAUAACAAAUUGUACAUUACACCCUAGUAUUAGGAAAAACAAAACAAAACAAAAGUAAGAAAUUUAGUAUUAAAUUUAAAUCUUUAUGGUAUUUUUAAGAGAUAACAACAGUUAAAAUUCCCCAAAAAAAAACCAAUAGGCCAAAAAUAAAAUUACAUAGUUAUGACUUUUUAAAAGAAUCUCUCCCCCUCCCUCAAAACACUCUCAAAGAUGAUGACAUAGACAAAACAUGUUUCACUUAAUCACAAGCAACACCUUAAAGUUGUACUCAUCUAUGGCCACUUACACUACAUGCUAGGAUUAGUUCUUUGGAAUACCUUCAGUAUUAAAAAUCUAUUCAAUCAAAAGAAGAAGACAUAGACAUAUAGCACAAGGAUUAAUACUAAUUAAAACUACAAUAAAUGAUAAUGAAGACCGAGACACUCGGGCAGAAGGA